AGGCAGCGCGUACGGAGGUAACUACGGAAACACGUACGCAGGCGACUAUGGAGGCAAGCAGGGCACGACUUCCGACGAGGAAAGCGACAUUCCCAUGGGCCUGCCGCUCAACAGCGAAACCGAAGGCUACAUUCGGCGCGACUUCAUCAAGAAGGUCUACACGAUUCUCUCGGUGCAGCUCUGUGUGACCUUCGGCGUCGCCUACUACGUCAACGGGCUCGUUCAGUCAAACCCAGAGUGGGCCGCGGCCCUCCAGGUCGUGUCCAUGGUGGUGCUGUGCAUCACCAUGUGCGUCAUGUGCUGCUGCUCAGACAUGUUGAGAAAGUUCCCGUAUAACUAUGGGUUUUUGGCGGUCAUCACCGUCGCCAUUUCCUGCAUGGUAGGGUUCGCGACUUUCGCGUACAAGACCGAGUCUGUGCUCCUGGCCGUGGCCACGACGGCAGUGAUCUUUUUCUGCCUCACGGCCUACGCGUGCUUCACGAAGACAGACUUUACAGGCAUGGGGCCAUACCUUGCUGCCGGCUUGAUGGCCAUGAUCGCGUUCGGUUUCAUGCUGAAUUUAUUCUGCAUGUUUAGCAUGUGCCCGGGCCCCCUCACGCAGAAGUUAUAUGCCGGCUGUGGUGUGCUCCUCUUCACGAUGUAUAUCGUCUACGACACCCAGAUGAUCGUCGGAGGCACGCACGCCAAACACCAAUUCACCGUUGACGAUUAUGCCUUCGCGGCGCUAAACCUGUACUUGGACAUCAUCAACUUGUUCCUUUACCUGCUCCAGCUCUUCGGCCAGCGUAAUGACUGAGGCGCGAGAGGAGAGGAGGACAGGAAGAGUAGGAGGAG